AUGUACACCGCCGUAUUCGUGGCGCCGGGGCAGGGUACCGCCGCCCCCCUGGCUGCGGGUCUGGCGCUACUGGCGGCUCUGUCCACAGGUGAUGGGUGGGUGGGCGGUUUCUACACGGGCGGCUCCCCGCUCAACCCCGCCCGUGUCAUCGCCAACAUGAUUGUCUACCGAUGCAACAUCUCCUGGGGCUGGUCCUACCUGCUCGCCCAGCUGGCCGCCAUCGGCGCGGCGGUGGCGUGGGUAUGGCCCGUGCACGGCCUGGGCAUGUACAUGGGAGGGCCCCGUCCCGACGCCUUCACCGGCGCCGGUACUCAGUUGGGUACUCCGGGCCUAACGGAUCCCCUCCUCGGAGGCGGCCGUGGAGGGGCGGCAUCCGGCGACCCGGCCGGCAGCUCCGCCUAUGCGUGA